AUCAGCUUGAAGGGACGGCUUGGCACAGCGGUGGCAUUCGAGCCCGAGCGCACAUGCUGUAAGUGAGAGAGCAGCUCUCCGCUCGCCGUUUCUCUGGCCCGCGUCCCGGGGUGAAGAAGACAGGAGGGAGAAAAGAGAAGAAGGGAAGAGAAAGAGGGAAAGAGAGAGAGAGAGGGAGAAGAAAGAGAAGGAAGAAAAAAAGAGAGGAGGCAAACCAAGGGGAAGGAAGACCUUGAAUCGAGGUGGCACCUGGAGAGAAGGGGUUGAUUCGGAUUUGAAACUCGGCUGCUGCUCCUGUAGAUUUUUUCUCUGCGCUCCCCCCCCUACACCCCGAGAUCGACAGCCAUGGCCGAUUCUAGCCUGGACCUGGAGCGCGUGGCCCUGACGGACCUCUCGGACGACGAGGCGGCCGGCGACGAGCCGGCUUCGAAGGCGGACCAGCAGGUGAACGGGGUGAUGGUCCUGACCCUGCUGGACAAGAUCAUCGGGGCGGUGGACCAGAUCCAGCAGACCCAGAACAGCCUGGAGCAGCGGCAGCAGGAGAUGGAGGGGGCCGUGACGGGCAUCCAGAGCGAGCUGACCAAGCUGGCCAAGAGCCACACCACCACCAGCAACACCGUCAACAAGAUGCUGGAGAAGGUGCGCAAGGUGAGCAUCAACGUCAAGACCGUCCGGCAGAACCUGGAGAAGCAGGCGGGCCAGAUCAAGCGGCUGGAGAGCAACGAAGCGGAGCUGCUCAAGAGGCGCAACUUCAAAGUCAUGAUCUACCAGGACGAAGUGAAGGUCCCGUCCAAGGUGAGCGUCUCCAAGUCGCUGAAGGAGCUGGAGCGAGUGCCCGAGGAGGGCGAGGAGGCGGAGCCGCAGGCGGAGGAGCAGGGGGGCGGAGAGGGGGGGCUGGCGCUGUCCUCGGACGAGGAGGUGGAGAUCGAGGAGAUCAUCGAGGAGUCCCGGGCGGAGCGCAUCAAGCGCAGCAGCAUGCGGCGCGUGGACGACUUCAAGAAGGCCUUCUCCAAGGAGAAGAUGGAGAAGACCCGGCAGAAGACACGGGACAACCUGGAGAAGACCCGGCAGAAGACCAAGGAGAACCUGGAGAAGACCCGGCACAACAUCGAGAAGAAGAUGAACAAGCUGGGGACGCGCAUCGUCAACACCGAGCGCAAGGAGAAGAUGAAGUCCUCCCGGGAGAAGAUCAAGAAGUCCUUCACCCCCGACCACACGGUCUACGCCCGCUCCAAGACCGCCGUCUACAAGGUGCCCCCCUUCACCUUCCACGUGAAGAAGAUCCGCGAGGGCGAGGCGGAGAGGCAGGGCACAGAGCUGAUGGAGGUGUCCCAGGAGGAGGAGGUGGACGGCGGCGAGCUGCUGAGCGAAGACAACCCUGAGAUGCAGACGCUGCUGGAGGCCGCGGAAGACACGGAACUGGUCCUGGUGGAGAGGAGCCGGAUCCGGGAGGACAGCGACUAGGACCUGGAAAGACUCGGACUUCCAAACUGCGCGGACGGGACUGCGAGCUCUCGGAACACAGGAGAACGGGCGGGGGCAGGCUGGGAUCUCCUUGGUAUCAUUGUCUUUAGCCGCAGUUUUGUUAUCAGUGCUGUAAUAAUUUUCUAAACCCAAAAGCCCCUAACCUCACCUUUCCUAGCCUAGCACCGCAGAAGCACAGGGGACACGUUCAGACUGUAAUCUUUUCUUCUUCCCUCUACGCUUCCUGUUUUUUUAAGCCUUUUUUGUGUUUUUUCUUUUUUUAUAAGCAACAUUAUCAUAAUAAAGGCAAAAGUGUACUGCAAGCCCCCUCAGCAUAUCCCAGAUUCUGUAAAACAUUUUCUAACGUCAUCAGAGGUGAGCUGGAGUUCACAAGGAGACAGGACUCUUCCAUUUUGUGCUGUUGUUCUUUGAAAUAUUAGAUUGAUAAACUGAAGCGUUCUGUCACACAGUGAAAAUAAUACCUGUGGGUAUUACAAAGCUGGUUCAGUCAAUGCGGCUGACAUCAGAAGCACUAAUUGUGUGAGCUGCUGAUGUCUGAAUGAAUCCCUUUGACAGGCAUAUUUGGAAAAGUUCUGUAAUCCUAGAAUGUGGAGAUAUAUAUCAGUCGGUUAAGAAGAAGAAGAAGAAAAAAGCAGUAGAGAAUUCCACAUUUUCCCUUGGUUUUAAACAACCAGUAGACAGAUGGUCUUAGAUAUUUAGUUAUUGCUCCCACAGAGCAGCCCAUACAGUUCCCUAAAAGUAAAACAGUUCUUUUUGUGGGAAAAUACUAUUUUUUUAUGAGAGCAAUUGGAUGAAUCCUGUGUAACUGCAAUGUGGGUUUAAAACAUCAGUGUUGAGGAUUUCAUGGCUGACAGACCAACAUUCUCAAAGAGAAUACACCCCCCUCCUUUUUGAGAGACUACUACCCACUGUCCUUCAUUAGCAAUAUGAGAGUGUAUAAUGUCCUGAAUUGAUGACAGACAUCAUCAUUUUUCAUUCAGAGAGGCCUUCCUUUUUUAGGUUUCUUAUUACACAUUAUUUUGUUUAACCUCAAACAAGCAACAGAUUUUUUUAAAUACACAGCAUGCUUUUAAAGUUAUAGUAAUCAAGGUAUAUUGUAAGAGCAGUGCUGCGUACAGCAAUGAAAUGUGGUACACAUAGACCAGGACCAUAGGGCACAUGCUCUGAUGGACCUUGAUAGUUGACGCUGGACAGCUUUGUGUAGGUCUGUAAAUGGUGGUAAGCAUACACUUUCAUUGUCCUUCAGAACUGUUCCACACGGUCCCUUUAUCAUGUUUACCAAAUUUCAUCACUCCACGGUGCUUAUUUUUCAAAAUACAGCAUUUGAAUAACCCAGCUAGUUUUAUAAGCCUCCUGUACUUAAUUGCUUGUUUCACUGUAAAUAUACAGUAUGUAUGCAUGCUCACAGUGUUGAUAUCUAAACUGUAAAUAUAAAUCUAUAAACUGUAUUUAGCCAUAAUCUCACAUGAGAUUACGAAUUCUAACAAUAUUACAGAUAGCAUAUGUGGUCUUUCAAAGUCGGCAGACUUCCGUGUAAUCAGAGACAAUAUUUGAGUCAUGGUCUUUAAAAAAAAACAAUUCAUGGUAAUCUCUAAUCUCCUUGACAUAUGAUAUUUCCUUUUGUUAUGUCUUUUAUUUUACCCUGCUGUUCACAGUAAGCAGAGCAUCUAGAAAAACCAUGUUACUCUACAAAGCCAUUUUCUUAUCUGUGCAAAAUACAAUGAAAUUACCUGAAAUCAAAUAUGAUUUUCUAAAGCUGCACCAAUCAGAGCGCUGGGAAAUAAGAGUGACUACUUACUGUAUAAUCAGUAAGUGAGGCUUAAUGAUGACUUGUGAAUCUUUGAUUGUCCUCGGGCCAUGAGGACAAAUUGGUUUCCAUUUAAGGGGCUACAAAGGUGAAAACAAUUGAGUUUCAAGUGUAACCCUGAUCAUUUUUAAAGUGACAGGGAUGUAUUUGGCUGUCAGCAAAAACAGUUCAAAAGAUCAUGUUUGCCAGAAUACAUACAAGAUGUUCACAACCUGGGUGCAGAAGCAUAGUGUAAUGAUUGAGCGAUUUGCACCAUCUAUGGGUCUGUUCAUUUUGUUAUGGGAACAGUCUACAAUCAUCUACAUAAAAGCCUAUGGCUAUAUAUGUUUGUGUGUAUACAGUGUAUAUUCGCAGCAGUGUAAGCAGCAGGGACAGCAUGAGUGGGACAUGACAAUGAAAGGUUUGGAAACACAAGAGCAUGAAGUCAACAAAAUGAUUUGAUGGACAAGGUGCUGAUCGAUCUGAAGAUCUCAUCCAGCCAUUUCUUGAAUGGAGGGAUGGUUACGGCUUCUGCAUCUUGGGCACCUCGUUCCACACUCCCACAACCCUUUGCAUAAAGAAGUGUGUCCUGUUCUCCGUCAUAAACAUGCUUCCACCUAGUUUCCACAUGUACAGUAUGCUAUUGCUCAUGCUUCACUGCCAUCAGGUUUGUCAUUUAAGGUCUCCACUCUUUGUCUUCUAGACUGAGCUCAAUAUGUGGAAUACAAACCCAUCACUCUUAUUUUUUGGCCAGGGUGGCCUUUGGCCAAUUUAGUGUUUAGGGAUGCGUGGGAUCCCAUUGGGAUCGAGAUCUGGGAUUGGGCUGGAAGUCUGCCUUGGGCUACUCAAGCCCAACACACAUCACCUGUCAAUAUGGGCUCAAGAUGUUAGGCUGGAUGUUCCUAAUAUUUUGGCCACUGACUGUAUAGGUUAGAAUAUAUACAGUAUAUAUAUAUGUUGUACAACAGCUCUUCCUGCCUUUUUAUAAAGUGAUGUAGUUUCCAAAGACGUUUCCAAUUUCAAGGCUUGUGUCUUUGUCAAGAAGGAAGUCAGGAUGAUUUAUUGAUGAUUAGAAAGAAAUAUAUUGCAUAUGCAUUAAAUGCACUAAGGAAAAAGGACUUCUUGUGCUGUAAAUUUAACAGGUUUAUGAGAAGUGCCGGGUUUCCUUUUUUUAUUUCUCACUGAUGGGAAGCCUGCCGCUCAGUGAUAGUGUGGGUCUUAUUUAACGGAUCGCAAUCUAAUCAAGAAGAGCACUUCUGAGGACUGAUAGGGAGCAGCGAGAGGCUGGGGAGGAGCAGGAAGGGGAGAGAGAGGGGCGAAUGUGUAUCCAGACGGGAGGCGAGAGGAAAGUCGAGGUGAAGAUGUGCCAGGAAAUAAAAAUCGCUGGGAGUUUGGGAACCACCAGGAGGAGGAUCUGCAUAUCUCCCAGAGACAGAUGGAGAGGCUGACAUGUCUGUGUGCUUAUUGCGCUGAUAAAAUCUGAAGCUGAAUGCUAGCGUAGCUGCUUUGUUGGAUGUUAAUAGCCGUGCACUGCUGUGUAGACAGGCAGCAUUGUAACAUUUACUAUGUGGACACCUCCUUACGAAAAGAAAAAAAAAACUUUAUAUAUAUUCAUUUUGUUGACAAACUGGGGCUCUCUCAGGUCUUUUUUUUUUCACGUUCCCAGUAAUCAGAUACUGUACCUGCUACAGCCCCUGAGCUGCAGAACUUGCACAGCCGCAGGGCUGCCGAGAUACAGCGAGUCACGCGAGCAGAUGCAGAACCUUUUCUGAAUCAGCUGGAGAUAAGUUAGGCCCUCCGGUCUAAAAGCCAUUUUGCACGCCUUUUUUCUUUAUUCAUGUUCAAAUCUUAGUCACAUCCAAGCAGGGUUUAAGAAAGUGCCAACAGGCGUAUCACAUUUCUCUACAUGGAAUAUUCUGUUUUUCUUUGCAAUAUAAAUAAAAUUGCAGAUCACGGGGACAGGUACACUAGCAGGUGUUUGCAUCUUACAAGUGAACUGGACAUAACUCCUUUUCUUGUCACCUGAGAGUCCCCAAGCACCUCAGCAACAAGAUAGUAGCUGUUACAGAGAGGUUGAAGUUCAGCUCUGACCACUGCCUAGUCUCUAUAGGAAGAGAAGGGGCUUUUGAGAUUGAAUUACUCUUUCAGUGGUUAUAGUCCAUGAUAGCAUAAAGUAUCGCAAAACAAGACUGGCUCCUUCUAUUACUGUGUUAUUGCCGGCACCUGCAAUUUGGUUGAAAAGCACAAUAGAACAUCUGACUACUGUAUCCACCUCUGCCUGUCACAGAGCAGAUGAAAAGGACUCUAUAGAACCUGAUACCUAGAUGUACUUGUACAACUCCAGCCUCCUCUGAAAAAAGGCACUUUGGCACGAUCAAAAAAUGGCUGCUUUGCUUAUUUUAAUGGAGGUUGCUAAUUGCUUUAUGACUUUAUGAAUGCUGUUGGUUGUGAGACAGCAGGAAUAUUUUUAUAUCAGCAAACAUGACUGUAUCCUGGUGAUCAGAUUCAGAAAGGAAAGAAAUGUAUCCCUUCUUUGUGACAAAAGUAAAAAAACACAAUUAUGUUUACAUUGACCACAUAGAUUAGAUUUUAUUUUACCACUAUCUUAUGUAUCCAGAUAAUACAGCUUGCUUUCUGCACUGUAUCACUGCAAAUCGCCUAACCACUAACAACUCAAUAAAAAAACACCCUGAUUGACAUCCUAA